UUCACCGUGACGAUCCAAAGGCGGCUAUGAAGAUGUGGGUUGUACGUUGAAAGAUUGGGUCAGGUCCAACAACAAUACACCACCCCAUUCGCGCCUCUGUUGUUUGUCGUUCCCGCGAAACAGGCGGCCUUUCGCUGCUGUAUCUACCCGUUAGCGAUUCGGUAGACUAUAUUGCUAUGCGAGCGCAUACCGAACGCAUUCAAUGGCGGGAUUCCACGCCAAUCGCACGCCACUACAGAAGCGAAACAGCCACGCGGUGCCGAACCUCCAGCAAUUCGUGUCGUUUUGUAAAACGGAGCCAAAGGUGUUAGUAGUGGUGAGUAGCGACAGCGAAUUUAGUGGAUGCCAGGUAAACAACAACGCGGCUACGGCGAGUGUGGUGUGUACUGUGUGACAACACCGACAUAUCUAGCCGUUUUGACCAGUUGGCAUGUUGUUGGAGCGUAACCGGGAGUGUAACACCGUCCAGAGAUACUGGUUUUAAUAUCCUGUGUGGGUGUCGACUGUUUGUGGUGCGUCUGGUUUUGUGUGCCUAAUUGUGAUCCAGAAAACGAAACCAAUUCCGCAUUGUUCCGCGCUGCUGCUUCAAUCAACCGCCACACCAGCCGUACCGACAGACCGCGCACCAGGUGGAUGAUCUGGUUUCGCUACUUGAGGGAAAGUGUCUUAAGCAGAAGGCCACCGAACAGAGUCGACGUGCUCAACAAAAAGCUGCCGUUGGGCGAGUGAAUAUUUGUUUCAACUGUAGCAUUAACCCGGCUCGAAGUGAAACAAUCUGUUUCAAGCAGCAACGCGGCGUGAGAAGUAUUGUCGAAUCUUAAAGGUGAUAGCAACAGUGCUCAGGAUGUACAUUGCAGGUGUUGAAGGCGGUGCGACACAUUCCACCUUGGUAAUCUGCGAUGAGGCGGGACAGGUGGUCGGUCGAGCGAAGGGCCCAAGCACAAACCACUGGGCGGUUGGAAUACCGGGCGUAGCUGAACGGAUCGAUGCAAUGGCCCGUGCCGCCAAGCUGGAAGCGAAUCUGCCAGUGGACCAACAGCUGACUGCAGUCGGGCUAUGUCUGAGCGGUGCCGAAGCAGAGGAAACCAAUCGCGAACUGGAGACGUACCUUCACACGCACUAUCCGAUGGUGGCAGCGCGGUAUGUGGUGUGCAGUGACACCGUCGGCAGUAUUCAGGCCGUCUCGAACCUGGGCGGUAUGGUGAUUAUAGCCGGUACCGGAUCAAACACGCUGCUGCGCAAUCCGGACGGAACUACUCACGGUUGUGGUGGGUGGGGUCACAUGAUCGGUGAUGAAGGUGGCGCCUGGUGGAUCGCACGUAAUGCAAUCAAGACCGUGUUCGACCAUCGGGACAAUUUGAAGCGUUCCAAGCACCCAAUCGACCGUGUCUGGCAGUUGAUCCAGGAACACUUUGGCGUGCGGACAUUGCACGAUCUACUCGAUCACAGCUACGGGCGGUUCUGCAAGACGGCGUAUGCGGGACUUUGUGCUAAGCUGGCUCGAGCUGCGCAGGAAGAGCGUGAACCCCUGUGCUGUAAGCUGUUCGACGAGGCGGGUCAAUCGCUUGCACGGUCCGUGUGUGCAUUGCAGGAUAAAAUCUCCCCGGAACUGUUGCGCCCGUCGGCUGCAGGUUCGACCUCCGCCCUGCUCGAUAUCGUGUGCGUCGGUUCGGUGUGGCUUAGCUGGGAGCUGUUGCGCGAUGGGUUCGUGUCGGAGCUACGGUUGCAAGGAUUCCCGCACGAUUUGCGCCUGCUGCGGCUGACCACAACAAUGGCGCUCGGGGCCGCCUAUCUAGCAGCAGACACGUACAAGCUAAACUUGCCUCGCGACUACACCGGCAACUACGACGUGUUCUACACGUUCCGGGCAGUUGCGAGCGAGAACGGUAACGGAACGGAUCAUCAAACGAACGGCCGAAGCUAAAAACGCUCGAAAGCUUCGGGGUUAGUUCUUCUCUCCCGAUAACUACUUGGCUCGAUGCGAUUCUUCCUUUCGCUACGCUACAAGAUUGAGAUUCGUUACAGUGUGAUACAUGAACAAGUGAGGGUUGUCUAGCAGUAGUUCUAGUAGUAGUAAUACGCAUUGUGAAUGCGGCAACAUCGAUGCAGAUACAAUCCAUGAGACCUGAUUUAAGAGGCGUACGGACAGAAACACCUUACAUGAGGCGCGUGCGAGGUGUAUAUAUGUGUGUUUUUUCAUGUUAUCAUAUAUUUAGUAAAUU